AUGACAUACACAAAUAUUAAACAAGUCGAGCUCGUUUGGUCGCAAAAGCUUGGAGAAACAUCGGACGAUGGAUGGAAGAAAGGAUUUCUUGUGCAGAUUUACACUCAACUACACAGUGAUGAAUCGACACAGCAAACAAUUGACACAACAACAACAACAACAACAACAAAAAUCCCGGAAACCAUUUCAAAAAACAAUUCUUUACAACAGUGCUCAGCAUCACAUCAACUCGAUGAAAGGAAUCCAAUUUUCGCUUUUCCUGUCUAUUACUUCUUGAAUGGAGAUCUGAUCAAUAGUGAUUCAAUUUGUUUGCAAACCUGUCCAGAUUGUGAUCUUAUCUUUGAUGUAACAAGAACGUGUACUAUUCAAAUGGGAGAUAACAGCCAAAAUUGUCCAUCAGAAAUGGGGCUGAGAAUCAAUGGGACAAAGGUGAAAGUAACCGGAUGCAAGACAGAACUUCUUUUCCGUGGGUUUGUUCGAGUAUAUUCUGAACGAUGUACAAUGAAUCUGAAAGGAGAUCAACGCUUUGAUUGGCUUCCGGAUGAUCCAGAUCUCGCUGCAUUCACUAAAGGAUCUUCGUUUGCUGUCCGAGUCAAACAAUGGAUUGAUCUCGAUUAUGAUUAUCAAUUGGAAACAUUGAAUCCAUUUGUGAUGGAUUCGAGUGCAAUUGAUAUCACUUACCCGACAUCUUCUCGUCCUCUUUAUGUCCUGCUUCCACUUCGAAUCAAUUUUUUCGACAGAGUCAACCUCCGGGAUAAUGAUCCUAAAUGCUUCUUGGAUUUGUUCAUCGGAAUGCCACCGGGAAAAGUAUCGGAUGGACUUGAUCGAAAAUUGCGUCAUGACAAAAUCAUCACUGAGAAUCUCGAAUCCUCUCUUUACAAUAUACUCAUCCCACCAAAAUGUUCUCCUCAUUUAGUGGCCGACAUUGAAACCAAUUCUAGCCACGAGCCGUUGGCUCUUUCCGGGUGUGGUGAUGGAUCGAUCUUGAUCAACACUCAAGCAUUUCGAUCACGUUUCGACAAAAUGUUUGCUGAUUUCAAAAUUGAACGAUCAAUUCAAUGCUAUAAUAAUUCUGUGAGUUUCGCGAUUAACGUGCGAAUCGAAUUCGCGACGUUUUUGAGUGGGAAACUUGAUGCCAAAGCACUCGAUCUAAACUCGAAUUUAAUUGAGGAUCAGGGGUACACUCAAGAAAAUCCAAUUGAUAAUCGAUUCAACGUGACACUCACAAAUGUUGGCGGAGUAAGGAUCUUUUGGUCUCAGAAAAGUGACGAAAAAGCAGAAGAUGGAUGGGAAAAGGGAUUCAUUGCAUGGGUUUACACAGAAGAGUACAAAGAUGGGACACAACCAUCGACAACAACAACAGCAAAGGCAACAAAAGCAACUAUUGAGGCAUUGAAACGAAUGAAAUUUCGUCCACCACUCAUUCAACACGCAGCCGAUCCGAGAGUCGUUGUGCAAGUGCUUCAAAUGCCUCAAAAUGGGAUCUUUCCAUUACCACAACCAGCCGUCAAAAUGCAAGUUGAAAACGCGAAACUGCUUGAUGAGGAGAACAUUUUCAUUUUUGGAGCUUAUUAUGACACGAGAGAUCCCCUCGGGCCAAGAAUUCGCAUCUUGACGAAUCUCGAUUGUCGUUUCAUGCAGAAGUACAAUGACUGGAUUCGAUUGUUUUUGUUCAUCGAAUGGUGGAAAAGACAUAGUGCGACAAAGAUUCUUCUCACAGCUCAUUCAAUCUCAAAAGUCACACAACAACUGCUGAUAUAUUAUGUGACAAAGGGUCUCGUCGAGCUACGUUGGAUCACUGUGAUCCCCAACAAUGGAAAGGGUGAUCCAAACGAUGAAAUCUCAUUCGGUGGAGAACAUCUCUUUGAUCAACUCUGCACUUACAUCUCCUCCACUGAAUACACAGCUUUGAUCGAUUUAGAUGAAUUUUUAUAUAUCAAAAAUGGUGAAGAUUUACUCAAAUUUCUAGAAACUCAAUCGAAACGAUUCAUUGAUGGCAAAGUUGGUGCUUUCAAUUUCGAUGAAAUCCCGCUGGCUUUCGAUAGGAAUUUCUUAUCAGAAUAUGGAACUCACAACCGAAUCAAUUUUGAGAUCAUGAAAAAUCCAAAAACUCAAGUUCAUUCACAAGUUGAAACCAAACAAAAAGGAAUCUUUCUCACAGAUCAGAUUCGAUCGGUGAACUCUCAUGGGAAAACGAGAUUCUUUGCAUCUUAUCAGACAUUGAAUGUAAGA